CCUGCCCUAUAAUAAUAGCCCCAUGCUUAUGCUCCAGCUCACGCCCCAUUACAUUGUGGAAAUUAUCUCUUCCCUCCUUUUCCUCUUUCCUCUCUCUCUUUUACUAAAUUAUACUUCCUCCUCAAAUUGCCUCCAUUUCUUUCCAAAUUAACCAAAGUUGUCUAGCAUCAGAGGAAACUUUAGAUUUUUCUUUCUCAUGGGUGUUGCUGUUCUUAAUCCUCAUGAUUCCCUCCAGAAUCCUUUUUCUUCUCGACAAGAUUUGAUAUCGCCUCCUCCUCGCAUGAAACAUCCUCGAAACGCCAAUUGGCCAAAUCCGAACCGGCCGAAUCGGGCUCAACCCAACCGUAGGAAGCGUAGCCCCAACACAUCACCUCCCUCACGCGCCGCCGUUGCUGCUUCUCAUGUCCCAGCCAAUAACCUGAUUAUGGGCCAUGUCAAAAUUCUUAAGCGCGGUGAACAAUUAGCUAAAACGACGCCGGAGAAGGUGUCUCAGUCUGCUAAAGUUGAGAAAAUUGAAGAUCUAGAUCUGGGUUCGACUCAUUGGCUUGGCCCAGAACCUGAGCUGGUACCAACUCAGAUCAGACUCUCUGAGUCUAAAGCAUAUGGCUUUUAUGCUGGAUCGGCUUUUAUUACUUCGCCGCCACCCAGUUCGCUUCCUUUGCCGGCUUUUUUCAUGAAAAAGAGUGUUGUGGGUGUGAAGAACACCGAUGCUACUAGUGAUUUACGACGGAUUCUAGGCCUCAGCUUCUAGUUAAUAGGCCAUAGAAUUUAGGGGUGUGAUGUGAAGGUUUCUCUUUUGUGUUUUCAACGGGUCUUCUCUUAUUUUUUCAAGGGGAAGAUCGAGUUUGCUUUAUCAACUACGCGAUUGUGCAAUUAGGCACUUUCGCGGUACCUAAUUAGUGAUGCUAAUGUAUCGCUUUGGUUAGGAUUAGCUAAAUUAUAUCUGCAUAGGAUCUAGUUGGGGUAUGGUUUGGGAUUUGGGGGAUUUUGUGGUAUGUUGUUUGUCUUUUUUAAGUACUGUUACUUAGGUGCAGCUGAUAUUAUUGUACCUGGGAAUUAGUUUGUGUAUUAUCUUGUAUGCAGCUAUAAGUUGUCUGAAUGAAAUUUCUGUUUUUUUUUUUUUUAA